ACAAGUUAGACAUUUCCGCCUACUUUGCUACAAGCCCCGCCCCUUACAUCUCAUUGGCUGUUCGUCACGUAUUCACGUGAUCUAAAUUAUAACACACAGAAUCAGGAAGAAUACAGCAAGCUUGAAGAACAUGAGCGGGUGCAGGAUGACAGCAGCCCUCCUGUGUCUUCUCCUGGCCAGUCCAGUUCUGCUGGGUGCUGGCAGCCCAGUUCAUAACUCCAACAAUGGGACCGUACCGCUGGUGCUGUGGCACGGGAUGGGUGACAACUGCUGUAACCCGCUCAGCAUGGGGGCCAUAAAGAAGAUGAUCGAGGAGGAGAUCCCUGGCGUCUACGUGCUCUCGCUGAUGAUUGGAAAGGAUGUUGUGAAGGACACAGAAAAUGGGUUUUUCAUGGAUGUGAAUGAGCAGGUGUCCAUGGUGUGCAGUCAGCUGGCUCAGGACCCCAAGUUGAAGGGAGGAUACAAUGCUAUGGGCUUCUCCCAGGGAGGACAGUUUCUGAGAGCCGUGGCUCAGCGCUGCCCCUCUCCACCAAUGAAAACCCUGAUCUCCAUCGGUGGUCAGCAACAAGGUGUGUACGGGCUGCCCAGGUGUCCCGGAGAGAGCUCCCACAUCUGCGACAUGAUACGCAAAGCUCUGAACAGCGGGGCUUACACCGACUUGGUUCAAAAACACCUGGUGCAGGCGCAGUACUGGCACGACCCCCUUAACGACGACCUGUACAAGAAGCACAGCCUCUUCCUGGCCGACAUCAAUCAGGAGAGGGCUGUGAAUGAAACGUAUAAGAAGAACCUCCAGCUGCUGGAGAAGUUCGUCAUGGUCAAGUUCCUGCAGGACACUGUGGUGGAUCCUGUUGUUACCGAGUGGUUCGGCUUCCUGAAAACCGGUCAGGCCAAGGAGACUGAAACUCUGCAGGAGAGCGUUCUCUACAAAGAGGAUCGUCUGGGCCUGGCAGCAAUGGACAAAGCUGGAAAGCUGGUUUUUCUGGAAACAGAGGGAGACCACCUCCAGUUCAGCAGAGAGUGGUUCAACGCGCACCUGCUGCCUUAUUUACGCUAGAAAUAACGAAAUCCAUCAGACUUCAGCAGAGUCAGCAUAAAUUCUGUUUCUAAAGCAAUAUAAUGAACAGUAAGAGUAAAUAAAUGAAUAACCAGAGCAGGGAUGCAGAAAGCACAUGUCGAUGCCGUCUUUGUGAUGCUUUGUGAUUUUAGCUGCUAAUUUGUGAAUGUGCUGCUGUUUCACUAACACUAGACUGUCGGUGUUAUUUCGAGAGGUAGCUGUUCUGAUGAACAAAAACUGUUUUUAAGAAAUGUUGCACUGAGCAUUUUCUCUCUUUCCCCCCCUCCGUCCCCUCUUUUAACAGACUAACGUACAUCAAUUUGCGCUCUUUGUACAUAUUACAUGUUUAAUCCAAUAAAGACAAACCAAAGGACACA